CCGAUAAAUCAGAGAUAACCCCAGGCCCGGGAUAAAAGGCCGAGGUUGUCCCAGGAUCCGGGAGAGCGUCCGCCGGCCUCUGGGAGGUGAGACGUGACCCGGAACACAGCGCAGCGGCAGCGGCAACGAUCUCUUUCUCUCCGGUGACAUGGACCCCAAGACGGCGCUGCUCCGGGCCCUCCUGCUCCUCCUGUUCUUGCACCUGUCGCCACUAGGAGGUCGCUCCCACCCGCUGGGCGGCCCCGGCCCCGCCUCGGAAGUGUCCGCAAUACAGGAGCUGCUGGACGGUCUGCGGGACACAGUUUCAGAGCUGCAGGAAGCCCAGAUGGCCCUGGGACCCCUCCAGCAGGGCCACAGCCCCGCAGAAUCCUGGGAGGCCCAGGAGGAACCCCCUGCGCGGGUCCUUGCGCCCCGUGACAAUGUCCUCCGGGCCCUGAGACGACUAGGCAGUUCCAAGAUGAUGCGUGAUUCAAGGUGCUUUGGCCGGAGGCUGGACCGGAUUGGCUCCCUCAGUGGCCUGGGCUGCAAUGUGCUGAGAAGGCAUUAAGAGGAAGUGCUGAUGCAGACAUCUGCGUCUGAUUCUUCAUCAACUCCCUGAGCCCCUUUGAAGCAAUUCUUAUUUAUUUAUUUUUAUUUAUUUAUUUAUUGUGAUUGUUUUAUAUAAGAUGAUUCUUAUCUCCGAGCACCCAUUUUCCACGGUGAAAUAAAGUCAACAUUUUAUCUUC